CCCAGCGGGGAGGCGGCGGCGGCGGCGGCAGCGCUGGGAGCGGGUCCGUGGUGCGGAGUCCGGCGCAGCUUCCUGGUCGCGUGCGGGGAGCCCGGCACCUGCUCGGCGCCGCCCGCGGGAGAGAGGCGCCCGGGCCGGGAGCAGCGGGGCGGCGCUGCCCCAUGGUGCGGCAGGCUAUUCAGCAAUAGUUAUGAACUCCCGGUUACGAGCGUUAGGUGGGAGGAUAAAUAAUAUACGAGCAUCAGAACUACCAAAAGAGAAAACCCGAUCAGAGAUCAUCUGUAGUGUCCACUUUUUGGAUGGCUCAGUACAAAGCUUCAAAGUCAAUAAACAAGAUACUGGUCAGGUUUUGUUGGAUAUGGCCUAUAACCACUUGGGUGUAACAGAGAAGGAAUAUUUUGGUUUACAACAAAGUGAAGAGUCAGUAGAUUCCCCUCGAUGGCUCGAAUCAAGCAAACCUGUUAGAAAACAGCUUAAAGGAGGUUUUCCCUGCACCAUCCAUUUUCGAGUAAGAUUUUUUAUACCCGAUCCCAACACACUGCAGCAAGAACAAACCAGGCAUUUAUUCUUCUUACAACUGAAGACAGAUAUUUUGGAAGGAAGGUUGUUAUGCCCUCUUAAUUCUGCUGUUGUCCUUGCAUCUUAUGCCGUACAGUCUCAGUUUGGAGACUAUAACUCUUCAGUACAUCUUUCAGGAUAUCUCUCAAAUUAUUGCUUCAUACCAGAUCAGAACGAAGAUUUUUUAACCAAAGUAGAAUCACUACAUGAACAGCACAGUGGUCUCAAGCAAUGUGAAGCAGAGUCCUGCUAUAUAAACAUAGCACGAACCCUUGAAUUCUAUGGAGUAGAAUUACACAGUGGUAGAGAUCUACAUAAUCUAGAUUUGAUGAUUGGAAUUGCUUCAGGAGGUAUUGCUGUGUACAGAAAAUUUAUUUGCACAAGUUUCUAUCCCUGGAUGAACAUAUUAAAAAUUUCCUUUAAAAGGAAAAAAUUUUUUAUACAGCAACGGCAAAAACAUAAUGAAUCCAGAGAACAUAUAGUUGCCUUCAACAUGCUAAAUUACAGAGCAUGCAAAAAUCUUUGGAAAUCUUGUGUAGAGCAUCACACGUUUUUUCAGACAAAGUCAUCACUACCUCAUGAAAGAAAGAUAUUAUCCCAUUAUUGGACCUUUGGUUCUAGAAACCCAACAAAGUCUGUAAACAGCCACUACUUCAGAAAAGUCAUAGGUGGGAUGGUAUGGAACCCAACUAUGAGGAGAUCUUUAUCUGUUGAACAUCUAGAGACCAAAAGCCUGCCUUCUCGGUCUCCUCCUGUUACCCCUACUUGGAGGAGUCCUAGACUACGUCAUGAGAUUCGUAAACCACGACAUUCAUCUGUAGACAACCUUACAAAUGAGAUUGCGUAUAUUACAGAAACAGAGGAUGUUUUUUACACAUAUAAGGGUUCUCCAACAUCAAAGGACAGUGAUUCAGAGUUCUCCCAGAACCGCAGUCCACGGAGGAGGUCAUCUGAACAAGAAUCACCAAAGAAUGUAUUGGAAAAUAGUCCAACACAGAACUGUCUGACUCAUACCUCACCUGUUGCCUUGUCCCAGUCUCCCAAUGGAGUUGGUAACUUUUCAGGCUCUUAUCCAUUGGAUGGGGUGGACAAACAGUUUUUAGAAACAUAUGAUAAUGUCACCAAAGGGAGCUUAACAGAAGAUUCCAGUCAGUACUACUGUGAUAAGAAUGAAGUAAUUGAUGGAGAUUUGCUUUUGGUGCGAAUCACUCCAGAUGAAGAUGGGAAAUUUGGAUUUAAUCUGAAGGGUGGUGUUGAUCAAAAAAUGCCUCUGGUAGUGUCAAGAAUAACUCCAGGAUCAUCUGCUGAUACAUGUAUUCCAAAACUGAAUGAAGGUGAUCAGAUAGUGUUAAUCAAUGGUCGAGACAUCUCAGAGCAUACUCAUGACCAAGUGGUAAUGUUUAUAAAAGCCAGCAGAGAACUGCACACAAGAGAGCUUGCACUUCUGGUCAGGCGGAAAGUUGCUAAACCCUUGGUUGAGACCAAGUCAGAAGAUGAAGCAGAUUCCCAGAAUUUUCUAGAAUCCAUCAUUCGCACGUAUUCAGAGUACGGUGACACACUAGAGGGGUCUAUGGAACAACUGAAGAAAGGUCUGGAAAGCGGGGCAGUACUCAUUCAAUUUGAGCAACUUUAUAGAAAGAAGCCAGGGCUGGCUGUUACGUGUGCAAAAAUACCUCAAAAUAUGGACAAAAAUCGAUACAAAGAUGUUCUACCUUAUGACGCCACACGGAUAAUAUUGCAGGGAAACGAAGAUUACAUAAAUGCAAACUAUGUGAAUAUGGAAAUUCCUUCUGCUGGCAUUGUGAACAGAUAUAUCGCCACUCAAGGUCCUCUUCCACAUACCUGUGCACACUUCUGGCAGGUAGUCUGGGAUCAUAGGUUGUCGCUGAUCAUCAUGUUGACAACCCUCACCGAACGAGGACGGACCAAAUGUCAUCAGUAUUGGCCUGAUCCACCAGAUAUAAUGGAGUAUGGAAACUUUCGUGUCAAAUGUCAAUCUGAAGAUUGUACUAUUGCCUAUGUUUUUAGGGAAAUGGUGAUUACAAAUAUUGAGACAGAGGAAGAGCACACCAUCACCCAUCUCCAGUAUGUUGCUUGGCCUGAUCAUGGUGUUCCUGAUGACUCCAGGGACUUUUUGGAGUUUGUCACCUGUAUGAGGCCAAAGAGAGUAGAGAAUGAACCGGUCCUUGUUCAUUGCAGUGCUGGAAUAGGCCGCACUGGUGUAUUGGUCACUAUGGAAACAGCUAUGUGCUUAAUUGAAAGAAACCAACCGGUUUAUCCACUGGAUAUUGUACGAAAAAUGCGAGACCAGCGAGCUAUGAUGGUGCAAACAUCAAGUCAGUACAAGUUUGUGUGUGAAGCUAUUCUUCGUGUUUACAAGGAAGGAUUAGUUCGACCACUGGAUUCCAGUUAGUACACCUGUGAAAGGAUUAAUUUCAUCUUCUAAAAACACCGGUUGUCAUAAAGCAAGGGUCUCAUUUCUGUAAGUGACUAGAGAAUUCAUCAAAAGCGCAUGGGAAGUCAGAUGAGCACAUUUGAGCUGUGGCACUUUAAAUUUCUGUAAAGGAUUACUAAAUCAUGUACAGUAUAUAGAAGACAUGUAUAUAUGUAUAUGAGAGUAGUUGUGCAUAAUAUGCAUUAUAUACAUACUGAAAAGAAAUAAUCAAGGAAACUUUAGUACAUAACCUGCAUCUUUUACUGCUGUAAAAACAAGUUUUCCUCUAGAAUUUAUUUUAACUCUGGUGUUUACCAUUCUAAAAUACAAAAGGAAAACCAGCAGUAUUAAUGAAAAAAAAGUGCCCCAGUUAAUGAGGCAUUGAGUGUCUUCAUCUCCUAUUGAAGUCCAUGGGAGUAGAAUGCUCAACACCUUGCAAAACUGGGACCAAAAUAUUGAUAUACAAAGUAGAGUUGGUCAUAUUAUUUGGUUCAUAGAGGUUUGUCAAACAUUUUACAUAAAUAGAAUGCCAAGGGCUAAACCCUAAACAUGUCCAUUAAGAGCCAGAGCAAUUAAAGAAUUAACUCCCAUCAACCUGAUUGCAAAUAUGCCGGUUAUACUAAUAAACUUUUAAUAAAUCAAACAUAGCAUACCUGACACGCAAACUAAUGUUGCUUUGCAGGUUUUAUUGAGAUCUUACACAGCUUGAAUUUCCCGUUUUCUUGACCUUUCAAUAGUUUACCUAUUUCCUGUAGCCUCUUCCGCUCUGCUCCUUUGCACCCUAAUAUGGUACAUCCUGUUUAUACUUAAUUUCACUGUGUUUUCUUGUGGUUUUUCUCUUUAUAGACUGAAAACAUUUAAACUAAAGGUUUAAGUCUCAUUUGUCUUUGUUUCCCAGUGUAUUUAUUAGUUCUCACAUGCAGGAGUGGACUAAUAUUGCACACCAACUGCUAAAUGCUUUGGCUUACUAUAAAUGCAGACUGGCCCAAUGCAGUAUCGGAAAAAAUGUACUACUGAACCUAUUAAACAUGUUGCUGCUAACUCAAGGUGUAAAACUUGCAAGGACACAGAGGCUACUAGUGUUCAGAUGAUAAAACAUUGACUUCAUUGCCAUUCAAUAGAAAUCUUAUUCUAAUUCAGUGGAAUGCAAUAGUGUGAGGUGCCUCUUUCAUAUUUCUUUCCUUUGUAUAAAUGCAGUUAAGUUCAUAUGAAGACUUCUACGUAAAGAGAGAGAAUUUGUGCAUUGCUAAAUAAUUCACCCUAAGGUACAAUGGUCUCAGUUUCAUUUCAAAGGGAAGAAUUGGACUUUCUGAACAAUAUAACCACAAUUGUAUGACAUUAAUUUAUUCUGAAUACACUUUUUGAUUGUCCUAGAUAAUUCUGCAUUUGUGAAUAGUGUGUUAAUUUUAAAAAAAAAGUUCUAUGGGAUUGUAUAUAAUUCUGUUAUUUAAAGAUUCGUUCUAAAUAAGGAAAGUUGUCUAAAAUUUAUAUUGGACAUAUAAGCCAGAUGUUCAUAUGUGUGUAAAAAAAAAAGAAAAAAAAACUAAUUUUCUCUUUAUAUAUAUAUAUACAUACACUUAUAUACAUAUACAUUUUAGAACUAUAAUUUGUCUUAUGAAUGCUAUCAUUUGUAUUUGACAACAGAUUAUUUUAUAGAAACUUCCACACCUGGAUAUGCUGCAAUCUUUGACAUCCAAGAGACUUUUUUUCAGAAGAAGAUGGUUUGAAAGCAGGUGUAGUUCAUUCUAGAUCACUCACCCUUCUGUUGUGCAGAUUGGUCCCUUCUUGGAGAUUACAUCAUUAGUCGUAGUUGGAGGGAGAGAGUUUUUUGGUACUUUUCUUUAGUCAAGACGUUCAUGCUAUUCAGAACAAAUGGGGUUAUAUGGCAGCCUAGCUAAUAUGUAUCGGUUGAAGGGUGAGUAGUUUUUCAUAUUCUUUCAAAUAUGCUAUUCAAGAUUUAGCUUGAAUUGGUGCUUGUCGUAUACUGAACCACUAUUAUCUGGUGGAUUAGGCAUGGAUUAGAAUUCAAGAGAGUGUUUCUAGCCCAGAUUCUGAUACUAUUUUGCUUUGACUGUGGCAAGUCAUUUAACCUCUCUGUGCCUCAGUUACCCCAUAUAUAAAAUGGGGCUGCUUGUGCUUAUUACCUUUGUAAAGCAUUUUGGAAAAAACACAUGAAAAAGUGCUAUAUGUGUGCAAAUUAUCUAUUAUUAUUAUUAUUAUCCUUAUAAUACAGGACUGUUAGUGUUAAAAAUUGUUGCUGCUGCAUUACUGGAAAUUUGGCAACUGCAGAAGGCUCAAAGCACUAAAAGAGCCGUAUCUCCCAUCUGAUUCACUGUCAGGAGGUUUCCUUUUAUUAUGUCUUCAGUCCCCUUUGCAUCCACCCAGCACUUUCAGAAGUAGCACUGCCUCCUCCCCCACCCCCGCCCUCCAGGUCCUUGAGAAGAAGUGCUGCUUACAGUUAAUCUUACUGGCAAGUGAUAGUGUGACAGGAGCCAGAAAAGAAGUGGAGAAAAGAGUAUAAGAGAACAGCAUGAGAAGAUUGAGAGACUCCCUUGUGGUAUACAUUUGAUUCCUUAAAAUAUUUUAUUAUUUUUAGCCUACUUGUGUUCCAGGAGGUUAAUGUGUUUCUGCCACUAGUCAUGCUCCUCUUUAUUGUGUCCAGCAUAUAAUGUACUUCCCAAAAUGCAAUAAGUUACUUCCAGUACAUAACUCCAGUAUCUUCCAGCAGUGCUGUACAGCUUUGCCUUAUACGUUAAUGCACAUGUAAUGUUAAAAGUGUGUAAUCAUAUUUUGCUAUAUAAAGCUUUUCCUUUUUGGUCUGGUAGGUCUAGAGAAAAGACUGGAUUUUUAUUUUGAAUUUCUUCAAUUAAUACUUGGAUUCUCAGAGAUCGUAUAAGGCACUGAUACCUGCUGUAGUAUUAACUUGAAACAGCUGUUUAAAAAGACAAGUUGAUAAUUUCUGUAAUUAGUAUACUUUUUAAGAUCAAAAGAGCAAAUCUUAAUCUGAAAAUUGACCAGUAAUUUGUCUACUUCUAUUUCACAGUCUUGCUGGGUUUUGCACAUAUACAGUUAGCCUUUUUUUUUCUUUUUUUCUUUUUUUUAAGUGCCCAACAUGGGCCUUUGGGGAAUGAAUGCCUUCCUUUUAUCAAAUGGGUAGUGAUUUUGCCCUGGGCUGUAUAAACCUUAAAAUUUGAUCUUGUAACAGAAGCAUAAUAACUGGAAAGGUCUUUUCAACUCUGAUGUUUUUGUCACAAUUGAAUAAACUUUAGCAAGAUGUGUGGGUAAUUAUAUAUGCAUAUAAUAAUUACUUGAUUAUUAGUAGGAGUUAGGCUCUUAACCCCUAAAAUACUUACGUGCCAGGGUGAAGUAGACAAGUAAAAAGAGAUGCUGUGAAGUCAAGAGUCCAUAUAAACCACCACAAGCAUGCGUACCUCAUUUUUUCUUGUUAGUAUACAGUCAAAUAAUUAAAAUAGUGUAGUACUCAAAAUUCAUAGCGUGGAAAAAAAUAGGCCUUAUCUAUUCUUGUCCACUGGAAAAAGUACUAAUAUUUAUUCUUCUGAACUUAGAAAGGUAAACUUUAAACCAAAGUAGUUUUAUAUUUGCUACUCAAGUAAACCAAAAUGCCUGUUACAAGUGUCUCCAGAAUUUUGUCAAAGGAGCACUACAGAGCCCUACAUGUGAUGUUCCAUAGCUGUAGUAAGAGUGGCAGAUUUCACCAUAUUUUGAAAAUAAAAAUGGUGCCAUAAACCCAAGUAUGCCUUUAGUAUAUUAUGGCUAAUCCAGUUAAAAUAUAACCAAAAAGAAAAGAUAGCUAAGAUUACAUACUUGUUACAGAGUACUGGUUAGGCAGACCAUAAAUAUACCAUAUUGCACCAUAGUGCCAAAAUAUCCCCACAAAUUCUUUGAUUUUGUUGCCAGUAACCUUGCCAGUAGAGCUUUGUACUUAAUUAUGUGUAAUUAAAAUGUACCUUAAUUGUUCAGCAAUAUAUUUGAUCGUACAUCUGAUUUCUCUUACCAUACAUCUAAUUUUUUGCUUUCUAUGAAAUAUUCAGUACAUUGUUUUGAAACAACAGAAGCGCUGAAACAAUAGUGAACUGUAUGUUUGUUUUAUUCCAAAUGUAAUAAUUUAACCAAGAAGAAAAAAUGGUAUUCCUAAUAGGUAGUGUCCUUAUAUGCCAAAAUAAAACAGGUGUCCAAUAACUAAAAACCCUGUCUUAAAGGCCUGGUGGGUUCACACUUGAUCAACUUAAAAAUAAUCAAAAUAGUGCAAUUCAAACAUUAAUAUGAGCCUCCUCAAACUUUCUUAACAAUGGUGUUAUUCUGAAAUGUCCUUAAAGAAAGCAUUUAGAGGCAAAUUUGAUUUUAUUCAUUCACAUAAAGACUUUCUAGAAAUAAUGUGCAAAAGGAAAUGUUUAUAUUUCCAUUGUUAACCCUACAAUUAUUCUAAUUGUUUAAAAGCUUGUAUUAAUUGAAAUUAUAUAGAAGCUAAAGUUGUUUCAUGAAACACUUUUGUUCAAAAGGAAUUGAAAGCCAAGUGAAUGAUUAAUUCAUUAUUUAAAACAUAAUGUUUUGAUGUGUUCUCUUGCAUGUAGGAUCUGACACUGAUAGUGUUAAACCAUAUCAGGUGACUCUGUUCUAACAAUAGCAUUGUAUUAAUAGACUAAGCAUGAUAAUUUUAUGUUAUAUGAUUUGUUUCAACAUUCAACAUAUUUCUUUUUCCAAUCAUGCAGUUGCACAGCACAGUAGACUUCCAUAUAAGAACUGUUAUACUAGAUCAGACUAAUGGUCCAGCUAGCCAAGAAUCCUGUCUUCUGACAGGAAUGAACAAAACAGGGCAAUUAUCGAAUGAUCCAUCCAGUUUCAUUCAGUCCCAGAUUCUAGCAGUCAGAGGUUUAGGAACAUCCAGAGCAUGCAAUCCCUGAAUAUCUUGGCUAAUAGCCAUUGAACUUCAUGAACUUAUCUAGUUCUUUUUUGAACCUAACUAUUCUUUUGGCCUUCACAACAUCCCCGGCAACAAAUUCCACAGAUUGACGGUGACUUGUGGGAAGAAGUACCUCCUUAUGUUAAUUUCGUUGGGUGACCCCUGGUUCCUGUGUUAUGUGAAGGGGUAAAUAACACUUCCUUAUUCACUUUCUCCACCCCAGUCGUGAUUUUAUUAACUGCUAUUUUAUCCCCUCUUAGUCGUCUCUUUUCUAAGAUGAGCAGUCCCAGUCCUUUUAUUCUCUUCUCAUGUGGAAGCUGUUCCAUCCCCCUCAUCAAUUUUGUUGCCCUUCUCUGUACCUUUUCCAAUUCUCUAUAUCUUCUUUUAAAUGGGGUGACCAGAACUGCACAUAGUAUUCAAGGUGUGGUGUACAAUGGAUUUAUAUAGUGGCAUUAUAAUGUUUUCUGUCUUACUAUCUAUCACUUUCCUAAUGGUUCCUAGCAUUCUGUUUGCUUUUUUGACUGCUGUUGCACAUUGAACAGAUGUUUUCAGAGAACUACCCAUGGCGACUCCAAGAUCUCGUUCUGAAUGGUAACAGCUAAUUUGGAACCCUGAUAUUUUUUAUUUACAGUUGGGAUUAUUUUCUCCAAUGUGCAUUACUUUGCAUUUAUCAACAUUGAAUUUCGUCUGCCAUUUUCUUGCCCAGUCACCCAGUUUUGUGAGAUCCCUUUGUAACUCUUCGCAGUCAGCUUUGGACUUACACUAUCUUAAGUAAUUCCGUCUUGUCUGCAGACUUUGCCACCUCACUGUUUACCCCCUUUUCCAGAUUAUUUAUGAAUAUGUUGAACAGCACAGGUCCCAGUACAGAUCCUUGUGGGACCCCUCUAUUCAUCUCUCCAAUGUGAAAAUUGACCAUUUAUUCUUAACUUUUGUUGCCUAUCUUUUAACGAGUUACUGGUCCAUGAGAGGAUCUUCCCUCUAAUCUCAUGACUGAUGGUGUUGGACUUUGUGAAAGGCUUUCCGAAAAUCCAAUACACUAUCUCAACUGGAUCACCCUUGCUUGCUGACCCCCUCAAAGAAUUCUAAUAUGAAUUAUUAUUAUAUUAUGAUGAGGGAUGAUUUCCCUUUACAAAAGAUGUGUUGACUCUUCCCCAACGUAUCCCGUUCAUCUAUGUGUCUGAUAAUUGUGUUCUUUACUAAACUUUCAACCAAUUUGCCUGGUAUUGAAGUUAAGCUUACUGGCCUGUAAUGGCCAGAAUCACUUCUGGAGCCUUUUUUAAAAAUCGGUGUUACGUUAGCUAUCUGCCAGUCAUCUGGUACAGAGGCUGAUUUAAGUGAUAUGUUACAUACCGCAGUUAAUAAUUCUGCAAUUUCAUAUCAGAGUUCCUUCAAAACUCUUGGUUGAAUUCCAUCUUGUCCUGUUGAGUUAUUACUGUUUCAUUUAUCAAUUAGUUCCAAAACCACCUCUAUUGACACCUCAAUCUGCCACAGUUCCUCAGAUUUGUCUCCUAAAAAGAAUGGCUCAGGUGUGGGAAUCUCCCUAACGUCCUCUGCAGUUAAGACUGAUGCAAGAAAUUAAUUUAGCUUUUCUGAAAUGGCCUUGUCUUCCUUGAGUGCUCCUUUAGCUCUUUGAUCAUCCGAUGGCCCCACUCACUGUUUGGCAGGCUUCUUACUUCUGAUGUACUUAAAAAAUGUACAGUACAUUAUAUCCACAAUCAAUGGGAUUUGCCAUAUUUCAGAGAUGUGAAUUUUUUGCAACAAACAAAUCUUUAGUUGAUGGUACAGUACACUGAUAUGCUUUUAAAUUUUUCCUUACUGGAAAUACGAGUUCAAGAAGUGCAAGGCAAGUGUAUAUUAUAAUUAUGCUCCAUCCAUUUUGUAUAGCUGAACUUUCUGUAGCUUAGUAGUUUGUUAGCUUCUGAGCACGGAUAUUUUUUUAACUGAACAAACUUUUCUUAAAUAUUAAGAACACUUUGAACUCAAACUGCAUGUGUGAACUGCUCUGUACUAAGAUAAAGAAAAGGGGGAGAGAUGGGUAAAGUAGGAAUUCAGUGAAUUCCAGAAAAUGGUAGCCAUUAGUACUGCAUGUUUCAUUUAUAAUAUAGUAAAGGCUCCACUAAAUAUUUCCAGAGAGAUACAUAGUAAACUGUACUUUAAUGAUGGCCUGCAAAAAAAAAAAAAAUGAUCUUGUUCCCUUUUGUAUUUCCCUGGUUUUGCUUAAGACUUUUUGGAGGGGUCUCAGAUUAUAUUUUUUACUCGCUGUUUCAGCUGAACUGAAAGGAUGAGGGUUUUGAAUCUUCCUUUAUCCAAAACAUUCAGUAAUCAUUUAAGUUAAAUAGGUGUUAACAUAAGCAGCAAGAGUUUGACUGAACUUCCCUUUCAUUUUUCAGUUGCUCAGCUUUCACUGUCUUAAUUCUUGUGAUGUGAUCAUUUCAGUAAUUCUCCAGUGAUCACUGGUUCUGUCCACACUACAGCCAUUUUUUCAAGGUUCCAGUUGUUGCUAAAGCCAAUUCAGCUUUACCAGUGUUAGCAACAUUAGUACCCUUUGAACAUAAAAAAAUAACAGCUGCCAUCUUUGUUUUGAACACCAUAUUGUUUAUAUUUGCUGCAAGUAGAGUUAGAUGAUGCUGAAGUCUGCCUACAUUAGAACUCCUAGCAUUUGCUUUAGUUCCGCUGGUGUUAGCAAGUGGGAAUUGUUUGAAAAAGCAGGGGGAAUUCUUUUUAGGGCAGUCAAGACCUGAAUUUCUAACUUAACGAAUGAGCAGAACAAAUUCUUUAAAAAGAAAAGUCUUAAUGAAAACAUGAUAAAGUGAAAAAAGACACAAGUCCCAUUUUUUAUUUUCCUUUAAAAUGUGUUUAUAUAUGUUAUUUCUGUAGGAGUGAACAGAGACCAAUUUUCCUACUUAAUAGAAAAUCCUGUUCAUCAUGUUUUUUCCUGUUGAAGUUGACCUAUGAAGGAUAUAGUAAAGUGGACUUGUGCCCUUUGUGGCUUAUGGGUGUGUAAAAAAGGCCUGAAAGUUGUAUUUCUUCCAAAAAAAGGUUGAUGGUUGUUUUCUGCUUAUUUUUAAGUUAUGAAUUUCUUGGAAAAGUCCAUGUGACUGAAGAACUUGUAACAUUAUGACAUCAUAAAUGCUGAGGACUUGAGAAAGGAAGAGAGUGUUAGCCAGACAGCUGCCUACCACAUUAAUACCAAUGAACAUUUUGGGGAAAGGAUGUCUUUCCUAAAUAAUCAAUCUCCAUCCUUUUAAUUUAGGUGAGAGCGCUCACAGCACACUUGCUGUCAGACCUUCAAGAAAUCCUCUUGAAAAGAACUGAUUUGACAUCCCUGAUAUUUCUAAUAUUGUUGGGAGUAGGGGGGGAGGCAGCCCACUCUUUCAGGUCUUCAAGUGAGCAGCGUUAUUCAUUUAAAAUCCUUUGUAGAUCACCUUCAAGUUUGACACAGAGAAAUUAGUUAGCUUUCUAUCCAAGAGGAGGAAAACUGACUAAAUCCUGUCUAGGAAAGAAAGUUCAAAAUACCUUAGUGUCAGCUUAGGUAAAUUUUAGUUUUCCACUCAUAAGUGAUAGUUUGGCGAAGUAGCAGUUGACUCUUGUUAUCAAUCAGUGCCCACCCUUCUGAUUCAAGGCUUCAUUUACUUAAAUAAUGGUCUGUUGUUAAAUUUGUUCUUUUCCUAAUUUCCAAAGGAAAUUAAGUUCCUGUCAUGAGGAAGACGAGGAAGGGAGUUAGUAUACACACUCAAUAUCAAAUCCAGGUUUCACAAAAUAAAUGGCAAACAUUAAUGCAUGUAUUCCAGAUUUCUGUAGUGAGUAGUAACCAUAAUUUAUCUAUCUGUUUCUGCACUUUGUCCAUGUAACAUUAAUAGAGAGAGAAAGACAAGAAAAAUGGAGCAGACGAUUUUACCAAAGUUUUAAGAUGAAAUAAGUAUACAUUAUAAUAAAUGUGUUAUUAAAAGUUGGCCUUUGUUUUGUUUGACAUGUCCUGUUCUCUCUAUUACUAGAAUAAAAUAUAUGAGACUUGGGGAAGCCAGGAAUUUGACAAGCAACUUGAAAAGUUUCCAUUAUUUCAAUGACUAAAUUUAUAUUUUUAUAUAUGUUCAGGUAGAGUUUUUAUCUGAGAUGUAGAUCAAGCAUGUAAAAUAAUACAUGUUUAAUGAUUCUGGCUAUUUUUUUGUUCAUGGUUGUGUCUGUGCCACUGAGUAAUGUCUUCUUCUGAGAUCUUAGCUGCCAGUGCAUAAAAGUUGUAAAAGAGUUGAUGUGUUGAAAGGUGGGGGGGAGGAAGGGAAAUAAUUCUGUAUCCUUAACUGUGCUUGUCUUUUAAAUCAUUAAAAUGUAAAUUGAUGUUAAUAUUUCAAAGCUUAAUUUAUUGUUCAAAAAUGUAGACACACUUCUUCCUGAAAUGAAUGUAACAUUUUUCUUUUUUAUUUUUAUAGGAAUAAAAUAUUGGUUAAUGUUUUCAGUAUAAUUUCCUUGGGUUAUUGGAACUGUUCUGAACACAAUAUUAUGGCCACCAUUUAUGUUGUUGGUUAAAGGCUAUUGGUGAAAUAAAGCAUUUUUGGUUAUC